AUGGCUGACCAGGUGAAGGGGAGGGCAGAAGUAACCAUGACCUUCCACAAUCCUAAGGCUCCCCAAAUUAAGGGGGACCAAAAUUACAACAGGCCUACCCUCCCUACCAAAAAACACCCAGGUGCCUCGAUGUCACCCGAGAGGCGGCAGCAUCAUGUGGAUCAGACACACACCUACUUCCGAAUGUUCUGUGGUAGCCUCUGCGGAUUCAGCUUCCUCAUGGUGCUCAUGAUGUCCCCGAUGAAAUGGGUGCAGCUCUUGGUGAUCAAGAAUGGCCUUGAGCUCUACGCGGGACUCUGGGUCACCUGUAGCCAUGAACUUUGCUGGAGACAAACAGCCACACCACCUUAUUAUCUCGAAUAUUCCAGGGUUUUCUUCAUCUUCUCUAUCAUCUUUAUUGUUGUUGCCCUUGGCUGGCUCGUCGCCUCUUGUCUCCCUAGAAGAGGAGGCACAGUAGACAACUUGGAUCUGAAGGUAUCCAUACUCAGCUUCAUGUCAGCCAUCUGCUUGCUCUUCUGCCUCAUCAUAUUUCUGAAACAGGUUCAUUGGCAUGCUGAAAACAUCAUGGAGGCUAAUUUUCUAUGGCCCUAUUAUCUUAAUUGGUGGUGUGACCUAUUCUACAUCCUUGCCGGGAUCAUCUCCCUCCUCAACCACCUUACAUCCAGUUCCCCUGUUGAUCAAAAUGUCACUGUGAAACCUGUAGAGAAGUCAAGGCUUGGGGUUGGCCCUGUCACUGAGGUCACUGAGGAAGCACCUGUUGAAGCUGAAGAACCAGUAUUUCAGAAUGAAUCUUUACUUGUUGAAGAUACAAAAGAACCAGAUGCUGAACUGUGA